AUGUCGUCGGAUGAGAUUGUCUGGCAGGUUAUAAACCAGCAAUUCUGUUCCUAUAAACUGAAAACAACCAAAGGCCAAAAUUUCUGCCGAAACGAAUACAAUGUCAGCGGUCUCUGCAACCGUCAGUCUUGCCCACUGGCCAACUCCCGCUAUGCCACAGUGCGGUCGGACCCCGAAACUGGCGUGAUGUACCUCUACAUGAAGACCGUGGAACGCGCGCACAUGCCCAGCAAAUGGUGGGAACGGAUAAGGCUGUCGUCGAACUACGCAAAGGCGCUGGAGCAACUUGACGAGCGACUAAUCUACUGGCCCAAGUUCCUGGUGCACAAGUGCAAGCAGCGUCUUACGAGGCUGACACAGGUGGCUAUUCGCAUGAAGAAGCUGGCUAAAGAGGAGGAGAGACUGGGGGAGAAGAUUGUACCGAAGAUGGCGCCUAAGAUUCGGCGGAGAGAGGAGACCCGUGAGCGCAAGGCUGAAUCGGCGGCUAAGGUCGAGCGGGCGAUUGAGAGAGAGCUUAUUGAGAGAUUGCGCAGUGGUGCUUACGGUGAAGCGCCGCUGAAUGUGGAGGAGGGCAUUUGGAAGAAGGUUCUUCGCGGCCUGGAGCGCGCGGGUGAGGGUGAGCGUGAUGAGGAUCUUGAUGAUGGAGAGUUGGAAGACGAGGAGGAGGAAGGCGUUGGUGAGGUUGAGUACGUUAGCGACCUUGAUGAGGAGGAGGAUCUGGAAGAUAUUGAAGAUUGGCUGGGUGCGGAGUCGGGAGACUCUAGUGAUGAUUACGAUGACGAGGAUGACGAGGACGAGGACAGUGAUGAUGAGAGCGAUGAAGAGGAUGCUAGCGAGCACAGCGAGGAUGAGAAGAAGAAGCCCGCGCCUGGCUUUAAGAGGAAGCGUCCUGCUCCCCAGGCUAAACCCCGGAAGAAGGGUCCCCGGAUCGAGAUCGAGUACGAAACCGAGGGUGUUGGCAAGGAGAAUCUCUUCGCGUAA